AUGAGUUUGGAAAGUGCUGUCACCACGAGGAAUGCGGCUGCCUUGCGGCGGGAAGUGAGCGGCCGGUCACCCAUAGAACUCGAGAGCUCGGGCGAACUUGGGCGGACGGCGCCGGCGAAGGGGAGCCGAGUGUUCGCGCUGCGGGCGCCGACGGCCCGCGAGGGUCGCGCUCACCUCUCCCCGCUCAGUCCCGACUUGCCUGAUGCCUGCAGGUUCCUGUGGACUGGUGCACGCACACUGACUGCUUGCUGCUGUCUCUGCCCUUUUGCUUGUUCACUUAGAUCUCUCCCUGGGGCCACAGCAGCCGAGUGCGCAUCAAACCUGAAGAAAAUCUACACGGUCCAGACGGUACAGAUAUUCUGGAGCGUGUACAAUAAUAUCCCUCCUGUGGCCAGCCUGCCUUUGAGAUGUAGCUAUCAUUUAAUGAGAGGAGAGAGGCGACCACUUUGGGAAGAGGAGAGUAAUGCGAAGGGCGGCGUGUGGAAGAUGAAAGUGCCCAAGGACAGCACGUCCACAGUUUGGAAAGAGUUGUUGUUAGCGACUAUCGGGGAACAGUUCGCAGGCUGUGCCGCAGCAGAUGACGAAGUCAUAGGCGUCAGCGUUAGCGUUCGGGACCGAGACGAUGUGGUCCAAGUCUGGAAUGUAAAUGCCUCUCUAGUGGGCGAAGCAACCGUUUUAGAAAAGAUCUAUGAACUCCUGCCCCACAUAUCUUUUAAAGCAGUAUUUUAUAAACCCCAUGAAGAGCAUCAUGCUUUUGAAGGUGGACGUGGAAAGCACUAAUUGCACUCUGUAAAGAAUUCUUUGUCCUUUGCUGAUUGGUUUUGGAAACGGUCUUAACAGGAGGGAGAGUGAAGAGAAGACUUGCCGAAGCCCGAUGCUGGUCACUUAGUGGGUUUCUGUCCUGCAGACGGGCAGUUAGGACUCCAAGUGGCAGGUGGGGUGGGGGGGCUGUGGGUUUCCACCGUCACAUUGCUUGGUUUUGUUUUUUGGUUUUUGCUUUCUGUGUUCUUUUCACUCCAAUUUUUUUGCCCUUUUAAAUUCCGUUUUUGGUCUAAUUAUUGUUUUGUGCACUCUCCUUUCGUGGAGGUGCAGGAAAUCAGUCCCUUUAAGUGGUGGGGCUGUACCUAGUCAUAGGACAUGCAUCCUCGUGACAGGACUGCUUCGGAAACCACGCUGUUCUCGCAGGAAGCCCGCUGGUGAGACCUGUCUUGGUUAUUCCUGGUGGUGACACACUCCUAUGUACCAUGUACUGGGCAUUGUUUUUUCUGUGUUUGGGAGAAGCAAAACCACACUUACUCAGAUGUUGCACUGACAGCACACACAUCUUUUAUUUUUCCUUUUUAAAACUUCUUUUCAUAGCUAUAAAAGGAAAGUAAUCGUUGGGUUAACUCACAUGAAAACUGUAAUGACACUUGAGUAUCAGGAUACAACUCAAACUCUAGGUUUGGACUCUGUGAACUUAUUUCUAACCGAGUGUCAGUCGGGCCUUUUCACAGGAAGGUGAGACGGUGACGGGCUUCCCCAGAUGAGAAGCCCCUUCUUCUGGUUUCAGAGGAGAGAACUCUAGUUGCUUGUGAAGUUGCUUCUCCCACAUUUCGGACGUGUGCCCACCUGGGGCUCUCCACAUCGAUAGACACCUUUUGUUAAAUGCCCCCUUUUCCUGCUCAGAUUGUGUCAUGCCAGUAAUCAGUAGUCCCCCAAAAUGGGCAGCUUUGCCUUUUUUUCAUUUCGGGGCAGGAAGUUAAAUCUCCUUUCCAAAAUGAAUGUGAACAUUUACAAAGUUGAACUUGGAGUGCAUAUUUAUUCAUAUUAAUUUUUGGAGUUGUUAAUCUAUAUUGUACUCUGUUACCAAAGAAAUUCUGGUUUCACUGGAAGGAAACGGCCACACUUUGGAACGCUGAGACCUGCUCAAAGCACCCUGUCUCACGCCCUGACCGCCGGCUUCUGCUUUUGCCUGAGGGGGUCGCUUGAAGCUGCCUGUCCUCCUAGUGACCUUUGGCGCCAGGGUCGCUCGCACACGCUUACACAUCACACAGCAGGGCCGGGUGCUCAGAGCUUCAUUGGACCCAAGAUUUUUACUCUCCAGCAGAGAGCCAGGGAGGUCCUGCAGGCCUCCAACCUGUGUUUGUAAAUAAAGUUCUUCAAACAUUUGAGUGGACUUUCUGCAGCAUCUAUUUAUGAAAGCCGUGCCCUUCAUUUGCAUCCCUAACCAUGUCAACCAUAAUAACAAUGGUCAUAGUUUUUUAAAAAAUGCUUUGUUUCUAAACUUGAGUUUCUUCAGUGAUUUUUAAAUGAGGUAUAGGAUAUCAGACCCAUUUUUCAAAAGCCUGAAACUUGUUGCUUUAAAGAUUGUACUAACGUCCAACUUGUUUUUAUUAUUCAUCAAGAAUUUAAAAAUUAUUCUGGACAUGAAUUAAAAUUCUUUUUUAUAAUAUAAGUAUUUUUCUGAUAGAUUAGAAAAGGAUAUAAUUGACUUAUCUUCAUCAUAAUUGUCAUAUACAUUUUCAUAAGUAAAUGGAUUUUGAAGUAAUUUUAUUUUCGAACUUUAUUUAAAGGCAUUGUGAUAUGUUCAACUUUUGCAUGUAUAUAGCUUUUAAAGUAAUAAAAUAAAAUAAAAUUAGGAAUGUUAGGCUCA